AUGCUCAACACCACCAAUCAAUUAUUAAAGCAAUCUGAAAGGUAUAGUAUAUCAACUCAACUCAACUCAGUUCAGUUAACAAAGCUUGUUCAUCAUGUCAAUCAAUCUUACAACUUAUUGAUUAUUUUCGGUACUAGAACAUAUUCAGCAUCAGCAGCGGCUACACUUAAAUUCAAACCAACCAAUGAAACGAUUGCAACUAGAUUAGAAAAGGUAUCUGUUAAAUACCCAUUCUACGAUGCUCUUUUAUUCCCAAAUGAUGUCAGCAACCUCAAGUUCAACUACAAGGAACUCUGGGAGAGUGUAUCUGGUCUUGCAAGUGGAUUCGUUGAAUCAAAUAUCAACAGCAACGAGCGUGUUUUAACCAAUGCCUCUCAAACUCCAGAACAUGUCAUCACCCAAAUGGCUGCAUCUACUGCUGGUCUAACCUUUGUACCAGUUGCUCCAGAUUCCUCAUUAUCUCAAAUUGGAGAUGCACUUGGAACAUCAUCAAGUAAAGCAUUCAUUGUAGAAUCAAAACAAAAGAAUAGAAAGAUUAUCGACGAGACAAUUGCAUAUUUCCCAGAGUUGGAAAGAAUGAAUUUCAAGGAGCUCUUUAGAGACACGAGAUACCCAAGCCUCAGAUAUAUCAUUUCCACCGGCGACUCGAUCGAACCAGGAAUCGAUCUCUACAAAGAGUUUGUUCUCCAAGCCAACCUCUUAAAGAAUAGAAAAACAUCUGCCGAUCAAAUCUCUACCCUAAUUCCAUCUUCAAAUGGACUUGUUGGAUAUUCACAAUCAUCAUUAAUUAAUACUGGAGAUGCUUUGGUAGAGUUGUUGGGCGUCAAGAUUCACUCACGUAUUUCAUUUAAUGUGCCAUUCCACUCUGGCACGUCAUACGCAUUCUACAUGGGUGCAUUGUCCAAGGGUGCUGUCAUGGUGGUACCAAGCGACGCCUUUUCGGCCGAAGCUGCCUUGUCGAGCAUCAGCAAGGACAAGUGCACCACGUUGUUUGCCACAUCUGAGCAGAUCAGCGCUAUCUUGUCGAGCGACAAGUUUGCCAAGACCAACUUGUCAUGCCUCACAUCGGUCAUUGUCGCCGGCAAGGUCAACGCCGAGACUGCCAGCACACUCAUGUCCAAGGUGUCGACCGUCAAGUAUGUCUUCUCGAUCGACACUGUCACCUCGGUGCCAGGCCAACUCUCCGGUGCCGUUUUCAACGUUGCCACCGGUACCGGCCACCUCCUCCCAGGUAUCGAGUCCAAGAUUGUCGACAACAAGGUCUAUACCAAGGGUUACCAUCUCAACAAUAGUACCAAGGAUUGGUUGGAAACUACCAUCUCUAAUGUUAAAAUUAAUCAAGAUGGUUCAAUUUCAAAAUUAUAA